GACACACAGGACAGCCUCAAAGCGUAAAGUGAAGCUAUGUUCCUGCUACAAGAACAGUGACUAUGAAACUCCCCCUGCUCCUGCUGCUCCUCCUGCUGGGGACAGUUGCUGCUUUUCAUCUGGGGAAUGAUGCCCCCUAUCUGGACAGCCAAGAGCCACAGGCAGACCUGAGCCAGGAUCUGGAAGGCUCAGGGGAGCAGGAGGGAGAGUUGGUCCUGACUGAAGAGGCCAUUCAGUCCCAAGGAGAGCAGGUGGAGGCUUCCAGCUGCCAAGAUGCCUUUGAGGACGAGAAGGCCAUGGAAUCGGACCCAGGUGCCCUAGAUGAGAACUUUCAGUGCCCCAGGGAAGAGGACACAGUGACAAUUCUGGUCAGUGCUGGGAACAAGAAUUGACGCUACCGGUUGGUGAAGACUCGCAAAACAUUUGCAGA